CCCCCCGACCCCCCAGGGCGCCGCCCUCCCCUAGUACAGACCCCCUCCUCUGGCCGCACCCCUCGCCGAAUGACCGAGCCUGCUGAGGAGGGGAAGGGUACCGGCGACUCUCAGGUCGCUGCAAGUUCCGGGCUUCUGCCAGACCCCGUCACUCUUCACCCCGGAGAUCGUUCUGGUUCUGUCCCAUUUCCCCGGAGGCUGUUGCCCAGCUUUGCCCGAGGCUUUGGGUGUCUUCACUGAACUUGGAGGGUCAUGGAGCUUCGUUCUGCGUCUGUCUCUGUGGGUGACCCACAUAUCACUUGUAUUCAUGCCACUUCUGGUACGAGCACCGAACACGGAUUCCUAGGAAAUCUGAGCGCUUGUUUCCCACCCCGCCUCCCCAACUAUAAUGGAAAGGAACAUGGAACUGUAGAAUCUGUUUGCUGUGUUGUAACGACAGUGAAGGCCGCGACUUUCUUGUACUUUAGGGUGCUGAAGUAAUGACCUGAGGGAUUUACUUGUCAUUUGCUUUGACAGAGAUGAUGUUGACACCCUGGGAUGCUGUGGGAGGGACAAAAGACCCGCGUAUAUGUUCUGUCAAGUCAGAGAAGUAAAUAAUCCAUUGGAAUGCCAGGAUACUUUAUCCUACAGUGAAGUUAAUUUUGUUUCCGUCGGGGCUACGGUAGAGGUUAAAUGGAAACCACUUCGGGGAACUGGAUGUCUGUGUAGCUAUUCUACCAUAUCAGUGUAUUGCAAUGAGCGGGGGAGGAGAGCAGCCGGAUAUCCUGAGUGUUGGAAUCCUAGUGAAAGAAAGAUGGAAAGUGUUGAGAAAGAUUGGGGGUGGGGGCUUUGGAGAAAUUUACGAUGCCUUGGACAUGCUCACCAGGGAAAAUGUUGCACUGAAGGUGGAAUCAGCUCAACAACCAAAACAAGUUCUGAAAAUGGAAGUUGCUGUUUUGAAAAAGCUGCAAGGGAAAGACCAUGUUUGUAGAUUUAUUGGCUGUGGGAGGAAUGAUCGAUUCAACUAUGUGGUUAUGCAGUUGCAGGGUCGUAAUCUGGCAGAUCUUCGCCGUAGCCAGUCCCGAGGCACAUUCACCAUCAGUACUACUCUCCGGCUGGGUAGACAGAUAUUGGAGUCUAUAGAAAGCAUUCAUUCUGUGGGAUUCUUGCACCGAGACAUCAAACCGUCGAACUUCGCUAUGGGUCGCUUUCCUAGUACAUGUAGGAAAUGUUACAUGCUUGAUUUUGGCUUGGCUCGACAAUUUACCAAUUCCUGUGGUGACGUCAGACCACCUCGAGCUGUGGCAGGGUUUCGAGGGACAGUUCGUUAUGCAUCAGUCAACGCUCAUCGGAACAGGGAAAUGGGAAGACAUGAUGACCUUUGGUCCUUAUUCUACAUGUUGGUGGAAUUUGUGGUUGGUCAGCUGCCUUGGAGAAAAAUAAAGGACAAGGAGCAAGUAGGCUCUAUUAAGGAGAGAUAUGACCACAGGCUCAUGUUGAAACAUCUCCCUCCAGAAUUCAGCAUCUUUCUAGACCAUAUUUCCUCUUUGGAUUAUUUUACAAAACCAGACUACCAGCUUCUUACAUCCGUGUUUGACAAUAGCAUCAAGACUUUUGGAGUAAUUGAGAGUGACCCUUUUGACUGGGAGAAGACUGGAACUGAUGGCUCCCUAACAACCACCACUACUUCUACCACCCCUCAGUUGCACACUCGCUUGACCCCUGCUGCAAUUGGAAUUGCCAAUGCCACUCCCAUACCAGGAGACUUGCUUCGAGAAAAUACAGAUGAGGUAUUUCCAGACGAACAGCUUAGUGAUGGAGAAAAUGGCAUCCCUGUUGGUGUGUCACCAGAUAAAUUGCCUGGAUCUCUGGGACAGCCUCGUCCCCAGGAGAAGGAUGUUUGGGAAGAGAUGGAUGCCAACAAAAACAAGAUAAAGCUUGGAAUUUGUAAGGCUGCUACUGAAGAGGAGAACAGCCAUGGCCAAGCAAAUGGUCUUCUCAAUGCUCCGAGCCUUGGGUCACCAAUUCGUGUCCGCUCAGAGAUUACUCAGCCAGACAGAGAUAUUCCAUUGGUGCGAAAGUUACGUUCCAUCCACAGCUUUGAGCUGGAAAAACGUAUGACCCUGGAGUCAAAGCCAGACACUGACAAGUUCCUUGAGACCUGCCUGGAGAAAAUGCAGAAAGAUACCAGUGCAGGAAAAGAAUCUAUUCUCCCUGCUCUGCUUCAUAAGCCUUGUGUUCCUGCUGUGUCCCGUACUGACCAUAUCUGGCACUAUGAUGAUGAAUAUCUUCCAGAUGCCUCCAAGCCAGCUUCUGCCAACACCCCUGAGCAGGGAGAUGGUGGUGGCAGCAAUGGAUUUAUAGCUGUUAACCUGAGCUCUUGCAAGCAAGAGAUUGAUUCCAAAGAAUGGGUGAUUGUGGACAAGGAGCAGGACCUUGAAGAUUUUAGGACAAAUGAGGUUGUAGGACAUAAAACAACUGGAAGUCCUUCUGAUGAGGAACCUGAAGUGCUUCAAGUCCUGGAGGUAUCACCUCAAGAUGAAAAGCUCCGAUUAGGUCCUUGGGCAGAAAAUGAUCAUUUAAAGAAGGAAACCUCAGGUGUGGUCUUAGCAUUUUGUGCAGAGGGUCCUCCCACUGCCGCUUCAGAACAAUAUACAGAUGGACUGGAACUCCAGCCUGGAGCUGCUAGUCAGUUUAUUGCAGCAACACCCACAAGUCUAAUGGAGGCGCAGGCAGAAGGACCCCUUACAGCGAUUACAAUUCCUAGACCUUCUGUGGCAUCUACGCAGUCAACUUCAGGAAGCUUUCACUAUGGUCAGCAGCCAGAGAAGAAAGAUCUUCAGCCCAUGGAGCCCACUGUGGAACUUUACUCUCCAAGGGAAAACUUCUCUGGCUUGGUUGUGACAGAGGGUGAACCUCCUAGUGGAGGAAGCAGAACAGAUUUGGGGCUUCAGUUAGAUCACAUUGGUCAUGACAUGUUACCCAACUUUAGAGAAAGUAACCAAUCUCAAGAUCUGGGACCAAAAGAACUUCCUGAUCAUAACAGACUGGUUGUGGGAGAAUUUGAAAAUCUCCCUGGGGAAAGUGAAGAGAAAAGCAUCCUUUUAGAGUCAGAUAAAGAAGAUGAGAAGUUAAGUAGAGGGCAGCAUUGUGUUGAGCUCUCCUCUCUCCCAGAUUUGUUAAUGGUGGAAAAGGAUCACUCAGCUACUACUGAACCUCUUGAUGUGACAAAAACACAGACUUUUAGUGUGGUGCCAAAUCAAGACAAAAAUAAGGAGGUAAUGAAGCUUCUGACAGUUGGAACUUCAGAAAUGUCUCCCAGAGACAUUGACCCACAUGUUGAAGGUCAGAUAGGCCAGGUGGCAGAAAUGCAAAAAAGUAAGAUAUCUAAGGAUGAUGACAUCAUGAGUGAAGACUUGCCGGGUCAUCAAGGGGACCUCUCUACUUUUUUGCACCAAGAGGGUAAGAGAGAGAAAAUUGCCCCUAGAAAUGGAGAACUGUUUCAUUGUGUCUCAGAGAAUGAACAUGGUGCCCCAACCCGGAAGGAUAUGGUUAGGUCAUCCUUUGUAACUAGACACAGCCGAAUCCCUGUUUUAGCACAAGAGAUUGACUCAACUUUGGAAUUAUCCUUUCCAGUCUCUGCAAAAGAAAAGCUCCUCCAAAAGAAAGCUUAUCAGCCAGACCUAGUCAAGCUUCUGGUGGAAAAAAGACAAUUCAAGUCCUUCCUUGGCGACCUCUCAAGUGCCUCUGAUAAAUUACUAGAAGAGAAACUAGCUACUGUUCCUGCUUCCUUUUGUGAGGAGGAAGUCCUCACUCCCUUUUCAAGACUGACAGUAGAUUCUCACAUGAGCAGGUCAGCUGAAGAUAGCUUUCUGUCACCCAUCAUCUCCCAGUCUAGAAAGAGCAAAAUUCCAAGGCCAGUAUCAUGGGUCAACACAGAUCAAGUCAAUAGCUCAACUUCAUCUCCGUUCUUUCCUCGGCCACCCCCAGGAAAGCCACCCACGAGGCCUGGAGUAGAAGCCAGGUUACGCAGAUAUAAAGUCCUAGGGAGUAGUAACUCUGACUCAGACCUUUUCUCCCACCUGGCCCAAAUUCUUCAAAAUGGAUCUCAGAAACCCCGGAGCACUACUCAGUGCAAGAGUCCAGGAUCUCCUCACAACCCCAAAACACCACCCAAGAGUCCAGUUGUCCCUCGCAGGAGUCCCAGUGCCUCUCCUCGAAGCUCAUCCUUGCCUCGCACAUCUAGUUCCUCACCAUCUAGGGCUGGACGGCCCCACCAUGACCAGAGGAGUUCAUCCCCACAUCUGGGGAGAAGCAAGUCACCUCCCAGCCACUCAGGAUCUUCGUCCUCCAGGAGGUCCUGCCAACAGGAGCAUUGCAAACCCAGCAAGAAUGGCCUGAAAGGAUCUGGCAGCCUCCACCACCACUCAGCCAACGCUAAACCCCCCCCAGUGAAGAGUAAGCCAGCCAGUAAACUCAGCAGAUAGGAGCCAGGCUGCAUCUCUUUGAAAGGUGUGAGACCUUCUUCCUAACCCUGACGCAUGUGUGUCCCUGUACUGUCUGUUUAAAAAAAUCAGUGUUGAUCUUCUCUUGCAAAAGAAAGUAACAUGAUUCAUUAUUUAUAAGAAGACAUAAAUACAUGAUAAGGAAUUACCUGAGGCAGGCAGCAAGCAGAUCAGGAAUCGAUCUUUAUACAAGGAAAAAUAAAGCAAAAAUCCAAGGGGGAGAAACUCAUUAAAAUGAGCUCUCAUUUUUAAGCUGUCUUUGAAACAAAAGAGUUGAGGAUAGGAGACAGAAUGGAAUUUUAGGGAGUUUGCCUAAUUUUUUUAAGCCUCAACUCAAAAGAUUAAAUAGCAAAAGUGAAACUUCUUGUUUGAUAUUUUCAUUCAAAACUUUCCCACCCUGGAGAGUCAUUCAUCAAAUACUAUAUUAUGUAAGAAGUCUGUUGCCAGGGAGCCAGUACUAUAUAUUUGGCUUGUGUGUUUAUUUUGUGUAUUGAGAAUGAACACUUUUACUUUGCCUCAUUUCUAGUACCCUCCCUGGACUUCAGAUUUUUUUUAAGUUUAGUAUGUCUUAUUUGAUUCCGUCUCUCUGCUUUUAUUUUAUGGUCCUAAUUGUACUUUCAAAUCCAAUUACCUUUUUUUUAGUUCCCUGAUUUUUUUUUUUUUUUUAGAGCAACAGUUCUUAACCUACUAUAUUUUUAUUAUGAAAAAUAAGAAACUUAGGUAAAGGAAAGAAAACUCUAGAGCUACUUUGCAGGAUUUAGUGUUUAGGGAGAAAAAGAAAAUGUAGGGGAAUAGCCUUCAAGAUAGAAGAACCCCCUUCCUCCCUGUUAAGUGUCCUCCUUUAGAAACUUGAGUAGAAGGAAAACUGACCAGAGUAGACUGCUUCCUUAAGUCUUCUGAGUUCCAGCUCUUUCUAAUAUCAGCCUCCAAGAUGAUACUAGGGAAGCACAAUGCUUUGGAAUGUGACUUGAGAUUUAGAAAUAAAUUAGAUGUAUUACUGAGGCUUAGAAUCCUCAAACUUUGUAUUUUAUACAUUUAGCCAAUAAGGAAUUAAUAUCUGGGGAAAUAAAUUUAGGCUAAAUAUUUCUCUUUUAAUGUUUUAUUACCUGCUUCUCCUGUGUUUUAGUUCAGUAUUUGGGCUUCUUGGCCUGAUUUUCAUAUAAUCUCAAUUUAUGAAGCUGCAAAGAGGAAGAUACUUGUUCUAAUCCCACUCUUAUAACAGGAAUCCAGCAAAAUGAAAGUAUACCAGACAUUUUAAAUGGGCUCUUUUAUACUCUCUAGGUGUUUUGUGUUGUAAGAGGUCAGGUAAAUUGGUCUGCUUGCUGUUGAAAUUUGCCUUCUAGCAAACAUCUAGACCUUGUAUUUGCUGCCAAACCCGAUAACGGUUGAAUUGGGAAACAAACAAACAAAAAAGAAAUAAAUUUCCUCCCCAAGUGAACAUCUUCUAAUGCUGCAUCAAAGCUGCCCUGAAGCUGCACUGAACUUCUCUUGUUCUCUUUAUCUGUGUUGAGCUUUUUAAAAAAACAAAUUCAAAACACUAUUGAGGCAUAUAACGUCUCUUACAAGAAAUGUAGCAUAGUGUGGAAUCUUAAUUUCUCUCCAGUUUCAAACACUACAGAGGGAUGCAAUAGAUAAGACAUAUUUGCAGUUUAUCUGAAGCAACUGUAAUAUUGGAAGACCAAUCCUUCUGUAUUAUAUUGUAUAAUAGUUGCUAUAACACUACUUGCAUGUUUUCAUGAUAAAUUAUAUAAAUAUUUAUAAAUAUAUAGAGAGACAUAUGCUUAUAUAGACUCAUUCUUUCUCAUUCUCCAUUUGUAAUUUAAAGAUCGCAGAUGGUGAAAUUCCUUUUCUAUUGUGUGCCUCAUGUACACUUGGGCCUUGCCUAUCUUCAUUUUCUGAAAAUAUGUUCUUGGCAUGUGACAUCUCAGAGUCUUCUUGCCUUCCCUAUGUACAAUCCAAGGGUUAGAAGUCUUUAACAAGCCAAGAUAGGUUAUUUAAUUUUCAUUUUAAAAAGAUUUUAUAAUAGGGAAAAAAUUAUGGGACAUGCUUGUGUACUGGUUCAAAGAUUUGUCAUGUUAAUCACAUAUUUUUCUCCUUAUAAGGAGAAAAAUCUUACUAUAGUAAGAUGGAUAAACUGGAUGAUAAUGAUGAGUCUGACAGAUUUUUAAAACAUCUCUUAAACAAUGAUGAGUCUGACAGAUUUUUAAAACAUCUCUUAAACAUUGCCAUUCUUUGCUUAUACCCAUUACUGGAGAUAGUAAAAAAAAAAAAAAAAAAUUGCCAUUCUACUUUGCUCUUUUCAUCUCACUUUUUUGGCAGGAGGGUUGUGGGAUAAUGAAGAAAUUAUACUUCUGUUGCAUUAGCGAAAUUGUGCUAAAAGUAGCUAGCUUUAAAUCCCAACCCCUUUAGUCGGAAAUAUGCUAGUAAUAAUCAUUGGAAAAGCUGAUGAGGCUACAACCGUGGUAUGUUUAUGUGAUUUUAUUUCUUAUUGGCAUUUCUCUGCUGGCAGUUGAACCUGUGAGAAUGUGACAACUGAAUGUUUUCUUUCUUUCUUGGUUCCUUCCAUUUUUUUCCCAACCUCUCCAGUGUGUUGCCCCCUUUUCUAAAUGGUAUUGACAAACUCAUCAGGAUCCAGAGAUAAACAGUCUCAUCAUGUAAGAAUAUUUUAUACUGCAUGUAGAGGAAAGAGUUAACCAAAGAUGUUUCUGCUCUGAUACUUUCAAAAGAAAACAGACUAAUUAUAUCAUAGGUGGUAUCAUAGGUCUGCUUAUAAGUACUGUCCUAUGUAGAGAUUCACUUUUUGGUUUUUACAGCAUAGUUUGUGCUUUUAGAUGUUAGAUGUCUCUCAGGCAAAAAACAGAAGUUGACAGCCCUGAGCCAAGCAUUUGUGACACAGGAAUUUCUAUUUUUGUUUUAAAGUAUGAUACAGAGAAUGGGGUUUUGGGGUCGAUUUGAUUUGGUUUUGUUUUUUAGUUCUUUAUUUUUUAUUUGGGGGCUCUCUUAGUGAUGGCAUAUUUCAGGUUUCAGUGACAUAGAUUAAGUAAUUUUAAACCAAUUUGGUUUUUCUACCUAAGAUGAGGGAUAUGGCUAUUAAGGUCAAGCCAAACUAUACUAAAAGUAGUACAGGGCAGAGUUAAAAUUACCUUUUGAAAAUCAGGUAUUACCUGGUUUCUUCUGUCACAGCAGAAUAGCUGGUUACCUAGAGUCAGUCACAGUUGCCCUCGCCCUCCCUUGUCUAGUCCCUGGAAGUACUUGAGUGGAACAGAAGGUAGAAAUAGCAACAGCUCAAUCAUUUUAGGUAGCACUUCUCCUGAAUUCCUCUACCAAGUCCCCAGGGUCUGUGGAUUGGUUGAAACAGUAAAAUCAUACAUAGUGAUUUCUUGCACAGCAUAGAGGCAUUUAAUUUUAGUGUCUAGUGAACAGAGAAGGAAAACUGGGUCAUAUAAAAUUUAACCUUAAAACACAGAUUAUACAUAUCUUUGAAUGUUAAACCCUAGGCAGACAGGCACUCCCAUUCUUAACUCUGGUAUGCAAGCUGGCCUUGCUGACAAUGGCAUCGUUACAUUUACUGUUUUUUAAGUUGCAUGUUGUGAUGUGAAUGUUUUUUGUAAAAGUUGCCAAGUUAAUUGAGUACUAAAUAAGUAGCAAAAUGGUAUCUGAGACCCACUGUAGUCAUUACUCGCUUUAUGUUAUUUGCUUUCAAAUACUAAAAUCUCAGCUGCUAAUUCAGCUUUCAAGAUGUGCAGUAUCUCCUUCUCUUAGCUCCUAGCCAUGUUGGGAACUUGAGGUUCUUCAAUGUCAUCAGAGAUUUCCUUCCAGGCCACAUAUUUUAUACUAAUAUUUCCAUAGUUGCAUUCAAUCUAUAAGGAAAAAGAGUACAUUGGUGCAUGUUUUAUAAACCCAGAUACACAGCUAGCUAAAACCAUAGUUUUUCUAUACUCAAAAGCUUUGAAUUAAAAACAGAUGCUUUUUUUCCCCAAGAGCAGACAAUUCUACAUUCCUAACAUAACAUUAGGAAUUGGUGAUAGGAGAAGCUGGAUCCAGAAUGCAGAAUGAUUUAGUGAGACUUAGGAAAAAAACGCAUUUCCCCCUGGUUGUUGGAACAUUUAUUUAUUUGUAGGUAAGUCUAGAUUUAGUCUUGAAGAUCAAAGUUUUUUGUAUUUUAAAAACUUCUUUCAUUCCUUUAUAUUGAUAAAAAUACGGCCUGCAUUAGAGAACCAUUUUUUCUGUCAUGUUUAGUAUUUUGGAAUUAAGUUGUUUACAUUCACUUUCAAAAUCUGCCCAUUUCUGUUUAUGUGCACUUGCCACAGAUGUGUCGAGACUUUGCCUAAGGGGAGAGGUACUUUAGCACCUUUGUCACUGAGGAGAUGGAGUGCUUGACGAGUACUAUUGCACUGUAUAACUUGGGGUUUCGUUCUAUAGACAAUAUAUUAGCAGAAUAACUACUUCUCGAUGAUACCACAUGAAAGUAUUACAGGAUUAAGGCAUGUAACUUCUAUGGUAGUCCUUAUGUAUCAGUAUAUAACCAAGUUCAGAAACCACAGGUGCAUUUUUAGACCUUAGAGAACUAAAGGCAGUUCCAAGCAUCAGCUCAUAUGGGGGGAUUAAUGCAUGAAAACCCUAAGAGGGUGUGUCGGGACAUCGUACUUCCCUGUCUUCACCCAGGAGAACUCUGGUGUGUGUCUUGAGGAUAAGUAAGUAGAGUGGAAACUCAUCAUAUCAUUGAGUAUAUUCUCAGUAUUUUGGCCUUCCCUAUGGAAUUAAGAGGAAUUUAGCAAAGUUCGAGAAACCUUCAGAAUCCAUUGCCCAACACUACCAGAACAACUGUAGGAGGCACAUGGGGAAUUCCUAUAGUUCUUAGGUAUGUUCAAGACAUGGGACAAGGAUCCCUAUCCACAUAAAGGGGAAUCUGGACGCUGCACACCUCACUCUGAAAAAUCUGAAAUGGAAUUAUGACAGUAAAGUUUUGGCCCUUUAGUUUGCUAGAACAGCUCACAGAAAUUUUAAAAAGUAAAACAAAAAUAAAGUGCAUGCCCAUUAAGACGUCUUCUAAGUCAGUUGUGAUUAUCUGCUCCUUCUUAAAAAUAUAUGUAAGCUUGAUGUUUAUUCCCUUUCAGCAAAUUUGGAUCAGAAAAUUAAAGUAUGUGACAAGAUCAGGUCACCUUGAAUUUCCAUACAAUCUCAAGACAUUGAAUAGAAAAAAAAAAAGCAGUAAUGAUUUGCAUAUUUUCUGAUUUUGCUGGAUCUUUGGUCUUAAUAGGUAAAAGUAGUGAAGACUUUCCUCUCAUAGCCCUGUGCAACUUAACAGUUUCUCCCUCCUUUUUGGCUGGAAGUGUUAGUGAUAGCAUGGGCGCAGAGUGUCUGUCCACUGGUGAUGCUGACCAUGUCUCCCAGGUACCCUGGCUCUGGGUUCCUUGACCUAGGGAACAAAUUUGGAUGAGACAUAUCUUUGAGCCCAUGUGACUACAGAAUUUGCUGAUGAGAUAAUUUUACAGUAACAAUGGAUAGGAAUUUUACCUCUCUUUUUAGUAGUGUAAUAUUUCAUAUUAUGUACUUAAGUGUUCACUCACCUAAUUAAAAACAUUGAGUAAACAAACCAAGUUUUUAUAUAAACUACGCUUGCCAUAUGAUGCUCUUAUUCUCUUAUAAUAUGCAGUUUAAAUCCUGAGAAAUUCAUGCCCAGCAUUUCACCACAGCUGGACUCUGUGGGUAUUCCUCACUCACCUACAAGGACUAAAUAAGGCUACUAGAACUUGAAUUUGACUUAUUUUAGGGAGCUACCCAGGGAGGAGAAAGCCCUUGGGACUUUUUCCAAAACAAUCUCUUUGCUCUAUUCACCAGAUAAAGUAGUCCACUAAGGUGAAAAGCUUUCAAAAAUACAAAGAUAAUGCCUGUUAUCCCAGCACUUUGGGAGGCCGAGGUGGGCGGAUCAUGAGGUCAAGAGAUUGAGACCAUCCUGACCAACAUGGUGAAACCCCCGUCUCUACUAAAAAUACAAAAAUUAGCUGGGCAUGGUGGUGCGCACCUGUAGUCCCAGCUACUUGGGAGGCUGAGGCAGGAGAAAUGCUUGAACCCAAGAGGCAGACAUUGCAGUGAGCCGAGAUUGCACCACUGCACUCCAGCCUGGCACCUGGUGACAGAGUGAGACGCUGUCUCAAAUUAAAAAAAAAAAAAAAGGAAGAUAAAGGAAAUAUAACACUGGCCCACUUGGGGCUUUGAAAUUAGAUUGGGUAGACUGAAUAAAUGAAGCCUAGACGAACUGGGCUUGAGCCCCGCUUACUUCUCCCUGAUACGUAGUUCCUUGUCCCCCUUCUGACCCUUUUUCUUAAAUAGCCAGUGUCUAUUUCACUGGGCUAUUUACUUACAAGUUCCCAGCUUUUAGGAGAAAAAGAGGGAGUGGGGAGCAGUUAGUUUUGAAUUAGAUAAACAUCUUGAAAAUAAUGAGAUAUUGGCAGCUGUUAAAUCAGAUUCAGCCGCAAACCACAAUUCUUUCUUGUUGAACAAGACCACUGAGUUAGAAUAGAUAACUUUAAUAAUUCUACUUUUCUCUCCCUCUCUUCUCCUCUUUCUGAAAUCAGAGAGAUGAGAAACUACUCUUUGAAAUAACUCCAGAGGUGUUUUAUUGUGUCCCUUUCCCCUACGAGCAGCUCCUUUAUACAAUUUUGCUCAGGCAACCAAGGACAUAGAGUAUUGGCAGAAACAUGGAGUGCUUUUGUAUAGGCCACCUGUACAUAAAAGUGUAAUUAUUUAUUUAAUUUUCCCAUUUGUAUCAUAUUAAAGCUUUGUACAGUGUUUUAAGUUCUGUUUUAAAAUUAUUUUGUAUUUUAUUUUUAUAACCUAGUAAUAAAAUAUUCAUUCCGCAUGCAAAA